GCCGCCGCUGCUGCUCCCCCCGCGCUUGGCUCCCCCGCCCGGCCCCGCUUCCCUCCCGCCGCCGCCGCCGGGGAGCGCGGCCGCUCCGCCCGCCCCGGGAGCCUCUGCACCGGGGCUGGCGGGACCCGGCGGGCAACGGGGAGACGGGAUGGCCCGGCGGGGAGCGUGGAGGCUGUGGGCAGCGCUGGGCUACGGGCUGUGCCUGCUGGCGGGCGGGCAGGAGCCGGCGGGCGGCGGGCAGCCCUGGAGGCAGCUGAUCCAGUGGGAGAACAACGGCCGCGUUUAUAGUUUGCUCAACACCGGCGCUGAGUACGUCCCGGCGGGGCAGGAGAGACCCGGAGGGAACCGGUUGAUGUUGGCGGGAGCGGUGACCGGAGGAGCGGGGAACGUCCGGCGACAGGCACCGGCGGUACCGCCGCGCCCGGGUUCCGAAACGGUGCGGGGACAAACGCGACAUCCCUUCGGCUUCGGGCAGGUGCCCGAAAACUGGCGGGAGGGACCGGUGGGCGAUAGCACCGCUUCGCAACGGGUACGGCCCGCCGGCCGCUCCCGCCAACCUUCCUCCUCGUCCUCAGCCUCAUCCUUCGCCUACGCCGCCGUCGGGCAGCCCGCGUACCCCCAGUUCCCCUUCGCCCCCCAGUAUGAGCCCUACGAGGCGCCCCGGGCGUACGAUGAGACGUACGCCUAUUACCGCAGCACCGGCACCGGCGGGGCGGCCGUGGCGUCGGCGGCGGCGGGUGCCAGCGUGGUGUACCCCUUCCAACCCCGCGCUCGCUACGAGGACUACGGGGAGGAGCAGAGCCCCUAUAGAGCCCAGGGUUACUACCCGGCGGCCGAACGCCCCUACGUGCCUGCCGCCCCCCAGCCGGUUGAUGGGCUGGACCGUCGCUACUCCCAUAGUUUGUAUCAUGACACGGGGGCUUCACCGGAGCAGAAUGGCCCGGACUCAUACACCAACCAGCAACCCAGCAUCGCAUCGACCGAUAACCUGCAAGCUCCUACCGGGACGGGGUACAGGGGCCAGUACCCCCCGUAUGAGCCGCAACCGCCUUUUCGGGCACUGGAGCCUUAUGCGGUUCCUCGCCCCGAGCCCUACCUGCCUGCCAGGAGCCCCGAAAUGCCACAAGCCGUCCCUGAUAACCAAGCCCGAGUCAGUGUGGGCAGCGUCUACAGGCCCAACCACGGUGGACGGGGUCUCCCUGACUUGGUGCCGGACCCCAACUAUGUGCAAGCGUCCACCUAUGUGCAGCGAGCUCACCUGUACUCGCUGCGCUGUGCCGCCGAGGAGAAGUGCCUGGCCAGCACGGCCUACACCCCCGAAACCACCGACUACGACGUGCGGGUGCUGCUGCGGUUCCCGCAGCGGGUGAAGAACCAGGGCACAGCCGACUUUCUGCCCAGCCGGCCCCGGCACAGCUGGGAGUGGCACAGCUGUCACCAGCACUAUCACAGCAUGGAUGAGUUCAGCCACUACGACCUGCUGGAUGCCAGCACGGGGAGGAAGGUGGCCGAGGGACACAAAGCCAGCUUCUGCCUGGAGGACACCACCUGCGACUUCGGCAACCUGAAGCGUUACGCCUGCACGGCCCACACCCAGGGCUUGAGCCCGGGCUGCUACGACACCUACAACGCCGACAUCGACUGCCAGUGGAUCGAUAUCACGGAUGUGCAGCCGGGGAAUUACGUCUUAAAGGUUCAAGUGAACCCCAAAUACAUCGUCCUGGAGUCGGACUUCACCAACAACGUGGUGAGGUGCAACAUCCACUACACUGGGCGCUACGUCUCCACGACAAACUGCAAGAUUUCCCAAUCUUGAUGGGAGCAGCGCCAGCGGGACGUCACCUGCCCCAGCCUCUGUCCCCCUCUCCAGAAAGUGCCUGAGCUGGUUCCUCUGUCCCACCGGAGACCCCAUCAGCAGCUCCUCAAGAGCCCCCCCCCAAAAAAAACCCCCAAACAUUUCUUCACGUUAAAAGGCGGGGAAGCGAGAAUGACUCUUUGAAAUAUUUUUUUAUACUUAACUUUUCUUUAACCUUUGUUUUUUGUGGUUUGUUGUUUUUUUUUUCUUUCCCAAUUUCCUGAGGGAAACUGAUGCUGAGUUUUAGCUGGAAUAAAGGCAGGGGGGUGUAAAUACUGUAUAAAUUAUAUAAAUCGCAUAUUAGCAAUAGAGAGCUCUGUAUUAACCCCUUCUGCAUUUUUUGGGGGGGUGAGGUGGCUCCGGUGAUGCCACCCCCCCUGGGGGGAAGAAGACAGCCCAAAUUUGGAGGUGCUGCCCUGGCAGGGAUGCUCGACCCCUCUUCUCAAGGAGGCUGCUACGCCGGGAUGCUCCGGUUAUUUUGGGGACCAAAGGUGCUGGAAAUCCUGUUGCCUUAAUGGGGGGCUCGCUCCGUCCGUGCAGCUUUUGAAAACGGGGAGGAGGUCCGGGAGCCCUUUGAGAUGACUGGAAGCCUUGUUUUAUUGUUGUUAUUAUUAAUAAUAUUAUUAUUAUUUUCACGAGCUUUACAACCGGAAAUCAUUAAAACACUUUGCUUUGGA